CCGUUUUUUGCAGCUGCGCUCACCACGGGCUCUGGGCUCAGCUCCGCGGACUCCCGGCUCCCGGCGUGGGCGCCAUGGUGCUGUGCCCGGUGAUCGGGAAGCUGCUGCACAAGCGCGUGGUGCUGGCCAGCGCCUCCCCGCGCCGUCAGGAGAUACUCAGCAACGCGGGUCUGAGGUUUGAGGUGGUCCCCUCCAGGUUUAAAGAGAAGCUGGACAAAGCCUCCUUCGCCACUCCGUACGAGUACGCCAUGGAGACCGCCAAGCAGAAGGCCUUGGAGGUGGCCACACGGAUGCACCAGAAGGACCUGCGGACGCCCGACGUGGUCAUCGGGGCCGACACGAUCGUGACGGUCGGGGGGCUGAUUCUGGAGAAGCCGGUGGACAAGCAGGACGCCUACAGGAUGCUGUCCCGGUUGAGUGGGAAAGAGCACAGCGUGUUCACAGGCGUCGCCAUUGUCCACUGCUCCAGCAACGACCGUCAGCUGCACACCAGGGUCUCGGAAUUCUACGAGGAAACGACGGUGAAGUUCUCGGAGCUGUCUGAGGAGCUGCUCUGGGAAUACAUCCACAGCGGGGAGCCCAUGGACAAAGCUGGCGGCUACGGGAUCCAGGCCCUGGGCGGGAUGCUGGUUGAGUCUGUGCACGGGGACUUUUUGAACGUCGUGGGCUUCCCGCUGAACCACUUCUGCAAGCAGCUGGUGGAGCUCUACUACCCACCCCGCCCGGAGGACCUGCGGCAGCCCGUCCAGCACGACUGCAUCCCGGCCGUGGACACCUUCGAAGACCUCAGUGAUGUGGAGGGGGGCGGCUUGGAGCCUGCUCAGAGGGAGACGGGCAGCCGCGACGAGAAGGCCGAGGUGGGAGCGGCCGGACAGGCCACGGCCGAGGCCGAGUGCCACAGGACUCGGGCGACCCUGCCCCCGUUCCCCACACGCCUCCUGGAACUGCUGGACGGCUUUAAACUAUCAAAGGCCCUGCUCACUGCUUGCAAGCUGAAGGUGUUCGAUUGGUUAAAACGUGAAGCACCCCAGAAGGCGCCAGAUAUUGCCAGCAAAGUGGACGCCUCUGCGUGUGGAACGGAGAAGCUUCUGGACGUCUGUGCUGCCAUGGGGCUCCUGGAGAAGACACAGCAAGGUUACAGUAACACGGAGACAGCCAACCUUUACCUGGCGUCGGACAGUGAGUACUCUCUGCACGGCUUCAUGUUGCAAAACGACGACGUCAUCUGGAACCUCUUCACGUACCUGGAGUUUGCCAUCCGAGAGGGGAGAAACCAGCACCACAGGGUGCUGGGGAAGAAGGUGGAAGAUCUAUUCCAGGACGCGUACUACCGGAGCCCGGAGACGCAACUGCGGUUCAUGCAGGCCGUGCCGGCGGCAAAGCUGACUGCGCGCCAGGUGGCCACCGCCUUCGAUCUGUCCCGCUUCUCCUCCGCCUGCGACGUGGGAGGUGGGUAGCCCCCCCCCCCCACCCCUCCAGAGCUCUCCUUCCUUUCGUUGAUUAAGCCGCGGGCAUCUUC